GGGGCGGGGCUUACAAAGCGUGGCUCAGUGAAAUUUCCCCAUAUCUUCUCUCGCGAGUUGGACAUUAACCCUGAGAUUCGAAACAGAGGACACACGAGGCAAACACCUGCAAAAUGAGCAAAGUGCAAGGAUGCACGAAAUGCGUGAAAUACCUGCUUUUCUUCUUCAACUUCAUAUUUUGGCUGUCUGGUUCUUUGGUGUUCGCAGUGGGACUAUGGCUAAGGUUUGAUACUAGUACAGCUUCAUUACUGAGAGGCGAUGAAGCUCCAGAAACCUUCUUUUUUGCUGUGUAUAUUUUGAUUGGAGCAGGAGGAAUAAUGAUGCUCGUGGGUUUCUUUGGUUGCUGUGGAGCCGUGAGGGAGUCGCAGUGUCUACUGGGACUGUUCUUUUCCUGUGUACUGAUCAUUUUUGCUACAGAAGUGGCUGCAGGAGUUUAUGGCUUCUUGAACAAAGAUGAGAUUAUCAAGGAGGUUCAAAACUUCUACAAUACCUCUGUCAAGAACAACAGCACCACAAUCUACCACAAUUACCAUGAUAUUCUUGAAUGCUGUAGCUCAGAUUCUGGGAGCUUUCCAUGCCCUGUAAAUGCCAAGGACUGCAACCAAGCCAUACAGGAUUUUUUCAAUGAGAGACUUUUCAUCAUUGGAUAUGUUUGUAUUGGCAUUGCAGGAAUCAUGGUAAUUGAAAUGAUCUUCAGUAUGGUUCUAUGUUGUGGUAUUCGGAGCAACAGGGAAGUCAUAUAGAUGCUCACAGGUUUCCUUCAUGCAUCUGUCCUGAAUCCCUUGUCCUGACCUCACUGAGCCAACCUCAACAUAAGGCUCAACAUAGAGUAAUGUAAGAUGUUGUAGCUUUCUAAUUCUGUUUUCAUUCUUUGUUUAAUUGUAUUUGUCUGUAAUGAUUCACCACUGUAUUGGUUGAAAGUGUGACUAAAUUAACACUCCCUUAUAUUAUUUAGUUAUUAAGCAGAUGAGUUAUGAUUACAACCUGAUUUGUAUGAGUUUAGACAUUGCCUAAACUUCUCUGCUUUGUAAUGUUUUUUUUUCCUUUCCCCCAUUUACUACUAUGCAUUACAAGGACUGGAAUUGUAAAUGUGUGUACUGCUUGCUUUCGGUUGAUGCCUUGGAAUGUUAUUUGGUGUGCAAAUGUAUUCUAUAUUAGCUGUAGUCAUGUAUUUAGGUUUUGUAAACUUUUAGGCAGUUUGUGAUUGGUUUAUGUUCCUAUCUGAAGUUUAUGCUGUGGUAUUUCAAAAUCAGGAUUCAGAGAUGACUGCAACAGCACAGUAUUGAGUGUUGUGAUAGAAAACUGCAAUGUUGCUUGUAUGUGCAGUAUGAAAAUCCAUUGCCCUGGUAAACAUUCAGUCCUUUAUUGUAAUGUGUUCAAUCAUGAAUGCAUCAGCACUGCCCCCUUUUUCAUAGAUAAAUAUACAUGAAUCAUUAAACUCAGCUUUGUGUGAGUAAUCAUACUAUCAAUUCUUUAUUUAAAUGAGCACAAACUGGGGUAACUGAUCCCUCAUUGUGUAUUUAACCACACAUUCAGUAUGGCACAGGCCUUUCCUACCUAUGCUAUGAAUGUGAAAUUUAAAAAUAUUUAGUUGCAUAUAUUUCUCACAGAACAUUUUGAACUUCUUGGUUAAUACUUCAUACAGGGUAGUAUUGAGUUUGACUGAUGUCUAAAGCACAACAAAUAAUCACAAAUUUCAUGGCAUGUGUUUUUGUACAAAUUUUUAAAUAUGAACUGCUACAAAAAAAAAAUAAAAUGAUCAAAAGCC